ACUGCGGUAGCCGUGGGAAUUUUAGCCGCGGAUAAGCUUAUCCGCGGUUGUUGUUGCGGUCAACGGUGACGGAUGCCGCGCCAGUCCCUAAUGCAGAUAGAGAUCAUGAGAUUGAAGGACGGGAUCAUAAGACAGCACAGAAUCGAAGAUAACAAUUCAGUAGGAAGAAGUACAAUGUUAAGUUACAAACUGCUCACAAAGAGCAAAGAGUUCCAAAAAAUUGUCCAAAUACAGCAGAUCCAGAGUAGUCUGAAUCGAGUUACAUUAGUACAACGAAAGAUGACUGACGUGUCGCAAAUUGCACUAAAGGGCGGGUCAUCUCUCCAGUCAGUCUUAUUGCCUCUCAGCAAAUCCGCCGGUACAUAUCCUAUCCAUGCUCUCUCGCUCUCGACUUAGUCUAAGUUGGGUCCACCCCAUACGCCAAAACGACGCAUGAAGCAGUGAUACUCCGUAUGCAUACUUUGUGGGGUACACACAUAAGAGUUAUAACCGUGCCCACCAUUGAUUUGAUGGACACGAGACCAGCGAGCGCUUUUUCAAGACACUCGUGGUUUGCAUGCAAGGGUGCGAGAGACGAAUAGUGCAUGGAUACGAAAACGCAGUGAAAAUUCACAUUGUCUUCUAAGUUCUCUAAAGCAGCACGUGCGAUAGAAGGCCUUCCCUCACGGGAUAAAGGCCAGUGGACGCCGUGCGGAAGUGAGAGACAGACCAACGGAAAGAACAACCCACCCAAUCCCUGCUACGCAUCUCAAAGCAAUCAACCGUCUUCCUCGCCCAUAAAGUGGGGUCUUUGGUCAAUCCGGGGUAAUAGACUCAGUGAGAGCCUAAGCCGCGCGGCUCUGCAGAAUUGCUUGGUUUACUGGUACGCAACGCGGUACGAUGGUGUUCGGACCCAUCUAGAGUCGAUCAACCGGGAUUAGAAUACUCAGACCUUGGCCCGCUCGCAAGGAGAGGCGAGCAACACAUAAUGCACCGUAACCCUGUGUAUGACGAGCAUUGCGACCUUGGAUCUGCUGCGU